UGAAAUGGAAAUCUCAAGGAAAAGACUGACAUAUACAAUGAAGUUAAUGGAUAUGAUGGGCAUGUCAAGUUAGGUGGCGAAGAAAGCAAGGUGGAUUGCUGAAAAGAAAAACAAGAAGGUUUCAGGUAAAGGAAAUGUUAUUUUUUUCUAAGUUAUUAUGAGAGUUACAAACCCAUAACAGUGGUCUGUUUGGACGUUCUAAAAUGGGUUAUGUGGAACGGCCUUGGUACAAGAGUCUUGGAAAGAGUGCACAGCGCUAACCUGUCCGUAAUUCAAAAUGGCAGAUAAACGAAGCAGGGAACAAUUUGUGAUUACUUUAACAUUGUUAGUUCAAUUUAUAUUGUAAUGAAUGGCGAUUAAGGCAGAAGAAAAUGGGUAUAGAAGCUUAAUGCUUGAUAUUCACAUUAUCAGUGGGGUUUUAAAAGAAGAGCUAAGACAGUACUGCAGACUGAAUCAGAGAAGAUCAGAAGAGGGUUUGCUUUUGUAUUGGAGUUUGAACAAGGUGCAGGAGUAUGAAUUAUUGCCAUUGAAUGAAAUGCCCAUUCCAGCAGAUUUGAAUGAAUUGAUAGCGGUGAUUUCCCCCCUGUUUCAUGAUGGAUUUAUAAAAAAGUGGAUCAGUAAGUUAUGCUUAAUCAAACUUAAGGUUAAUGUUAUAAUUUUUUCUUAGAUUAUUUGACAAUGUGUUGUAUUUUAUCUUACAUAUGUACAAAUUCUGGUUAGUAUUUCAUAUUCCUGGGAUUUGUCCUUUACUUUUAAUAAAGUUUUCCUUCGAAUUUGUAGGCCUUAAAUUAUAUUAUGCAAAUUGAAAGGUAUCAUAUUGGUGCAAUUAAAAGAUAAUCAAUAAUUAUCAUACCAAUACGAGUUUGGAUUUUUAUGAAUGGAGUAAGUCAGUUCAGGAUUAUUCGUUAGGAUUUUGUGCAGAGGUAUUGCUGCCUUCAGGGUUUGUUUGAAGUUUAUCAAUUAUAACAUAAAUAAUGUUUAACAUUUUAUUGAAUGUGAUUUGUUGUUUAGUGCACCAAUGUGACAUUAGUGGUUGCAAGAAGAACCUCGUGUUAGAUGGUAAUUUUGACAACAAUCAAGAAUGCUGUAUGGCAAAAGGAAGUGGAUUUAUUGAGUAUGACUCUCUCCCUGAUGAGAUAAAGACUGGAUGCACAAACACACCAAAACUUAGCACUCGAUUUUGUGAAGAACACCUUGUUGACCACCAGGAAUUGGAUAAGGUGAAGAAGCCAAAUUUAGAAGAGUUUGAAGCUGUGUUGGGAAAGAAUCUGGGACCUGUUUUAAGAAGUGCUAAGAACAAGGUAAAAACAGCAGACUGGGGACAAGUUGCUGAAGUAUUAGAUAUGAAGACGCUACGUAAAAAAAAGUUUUUUAAGGUUCGUUGGAUUGGGAAUAAUGGAACAGAGGGUUGGGAACCAGAGCAAAAUGUCCCAUCAGCGUUGCGUGCAAGGUUUGAGAAAGGCGAGAGAGAGAAAUUGGUGACCAUUUGGGAUAUAAACAAAGUGUAUGGUGCUACAACCAUUCGAUCAUUUCAAGUGGCAGGAGUUACUGUGGAGUCAACUGUAAAACGAAGGAGAAUUGGCAAUGAUAUUCCUGUUGGAAAUGCCUUUGCUGAUAGCAAUGAAGACAAAGUAGAGAAAUGUAAUACGGAAAAAUCAAAGCAUAUUCAAAGGAAACAUUUUCGCUCUGCAGGUAAACAUUAUUAGUAAUUACCAAUAAGUGCGAAACUUAUUACUGUAUUAUAAUGAUGUACAUAACAGUUAUGAAAAAUAGACAUUCAUAUAGAUAUGCCUGACAACCUGAUUGAAAUGGUCUGAAUAUAGGAAUUUAAUCAGUUAUGUUAAUUUUCAAUAUCUAACGAGAUAAAUUUGAAGCAUGUUGGAAAAACUUGUAAGUAAUGGUCCUUACAGAACUGUUAAAAUAUCCUUCUUCAUUUUCAGGUACAUUCUUUGGAAUGAGGCCCUGUGGGAUAAUUUUCUUUGUAUACAAACUAUUUAUUUGUGAAUCAAAAUCCCAAGUCUAUGGAAUCCUUCAUGAUGUAAUGUCAAAAUGGGAAUUUAAUGAGACAGGUAAUGUUCUUGAAGUGGAAAUGUGAUUGCCUUGUCGAUGGAUGGGUCAAAUUUGUUUUGUUUGUAAUUGUUCAUGCCAGUCUAAAUAGUGUUGUAGUUAUUGUGUAAGGUAAUUGGUUUAGAUGAUUGUUAAUUAAUAUGGGAUAUAACU